CGUAAAAAAUAAAAACAAUAAUUAAUCCUAGACUUAUAAUACUUCCACUUCAAUCUUUAGUCCGACCUCUUUGUUCCAUGAAAUCAGUUGCAUUUUAAUAACAUACAACAUCGCAAAAUAAUUAUAUGUACGUAAGCACUAUGCCGAGGGACUUAUCAGUUUUGUUAGAAACGCGUUCUCAGAUCAUACCGUACGUACUACCGGACAAUUCGUCUCACAGUGUUAACGUGUUGUGUUUGAAGUAACGUUUCCUAAAGAUGGCAAAAAAUAAAUCCAAAUUAAAACGGGAGGGGGAAUUUAUCCCCCCAGAUGGAGGGUGGGGAUGGAUGAUCAUUUUCGCAGCCGGAUUUUCUAAUUUAUCGGCCUUACCAGUCCUCCAACAGUUCGGGCUCCUCUUCAGGGACAAAUUUGAGCGUCUGGGCAUCACCAGCUCGGAAACGACCACUAUUAUCAACAUGAACUCGGCUCUGACCUCUUGCGUCGGUUUAGCAAAUGGGCCUGUGUUCAAAACUUUCAGUUAUAGAAAAGUUUCGCUGACUGGAGCUACAGUUGUCUUCGUGUCGCUUAUGUUUACCACAUUCUCCUACAAUUUUAUCACUUACCUCAUAUCUUUCUCGAUAUUAUACGGAGCUGGAUAUGGCAUAAGCAGCUCUGCCAAUGCUCUCGCUUUGAACACUUACUGGAAAUCUAGAAGGCGAUUAGCAACAAGUUUGUCAUGGACAACUACAGGACUUGGUCCUAUGCUAUGGCCGCACAUUAUAACACUUUUAAUGGCUUCAUUCGGUGAAACUGGAACCAUUUUAAUUAUAAGUGGAAUAUCACUACAUGCUAUCGCCUGCGCACUUUUACUGCAACCAGUUGAAUGGCACAGUAAAUCUUCAGAGCAAAAAGAAGAGGUGAACCUUAUUAAGCCUGAAAAUAAUAAAAAUGAUGAGCUUAACAAUAAAAAUACAAAAAGUGAAAAAAGAAAAGCAGAUAGUGGUUAUUUCAGCUCUAUAUCAAAAUUUAAGAAUCUCAGUGCUUUUUCUAGUCAAUACCUUUACAACGAAGAUGACCCAGUUACUCCGGGUUAUGAAAUAACUGAUCCCGGUAUUCCCAUGAUGUUGCGUGCUAAUGAUGGUUAUUACAGUCAAUCUCGGCAAUCAAAAAGUAGAUUAUCUUCAAGAGAAGCAUCUGCAAGAAAUUCUAGAAUGAAUUCUAAAAAGCCUUCCAUGACGAACUUAACAGAAAAUCGCUCACGAAAGUCUUCUACAUUAUACUUAAAUGAGUCAAAGAAAAAUUCUUAUGUCAACCUUGGAGAAGAAAUCAAAACUAAACCUAAGCGGAAAACGUCUAUAACAAUUGAGACCCAAAUUCCAGAAUCGGAAAUAGAAGAUUGUCCGACACUUAAAGCACCACAGGACUUAAAAGCUGAAGAAAAAGCCGUCGUUGAUAAAAUUGAUCCCGUGAAAGCUAAGGAUAUUGAAGAAAGGGCAGAGAAGCAUAUGAGAAGUAAUAAAAGUAUUAAAUCAUUUAAAAUUGAUGGACAAUAUGGAGACAAAUACACAAAAGACAAUCAUAGUAACAUAUCUUUGAGGAAUCAAGAUGAUUAUGAAGAAAGAAAAUACAUAAGGGAUAAUCAUAGUAACCAAUCAUAUCGAACAAGGUAUAGGAAAAAAUCAAAUAAUUUUAAUUAUGAAAGCGAAGUAUUGAAACAAGCUUCAAUGAAAUUAGAGCAAUAUCUAAAAGAUAAUGAAGAUAAAACACAUGCUGAAAAAUUAAAAUUGCUUAUAAAUAACCAUUCUGAUGAUGACGAUGAUGAUGUCUUUGAAGCAAAAUAUGAAAAUGAUAAAGAAGAAGAAAAACCACUCACUUUUUGUGAAAAGAUAUACAUGUUCUUCGAUUUAGAUCUUCUGAAAGAUUACACAUUUAUAAAUCUUAUGUUAGGCAUAACACUUGCUAAUUUCAAUGAAUUAAAUUUUUCUAUUUUAACGCCAUUCAUUCUUGGUGAUUAUGGUUUUAGUAAAUCCGAAGUGGCGUUCUUCAUGUCAUUAUUAGCUGGUAUUGAUAUUUGUGUUAGAUUUUGCAUUCCAUUUGUGGCAGGAAAAAUUGGAUGGGAUAAUAAUUCCUUCUUCCUCUUUGGAGUUAUGUCUAUGGCUAUGGGACGCGUUGUUUUGGCGUACUGUCAGAAUUACAGCGUUGUACUUUUAGUAGCUGCUAUGAUUGGCUUUGGAAAGGGUCUGAGAACAGUCUUCAUGGCUCUGGUGAUACCCACUCAUGUGCCUCUCCACAAACUACCAGGAGCAACUGGAAUACAACUGAUAACUGCUGGCGUUGUUUAUCUGACUUUGGGACCCGUUGUUGGUUGGAUCAAAGACAAUGCCUCAACGGCAGUGACGUUGCAUUGCUUGAACAUCUUUACGUGGCUGACCGCCAUAUCAUGGGGUCUAGAGAAAUACAUACGAGCCAGAAGACAGAAGCCGCCUAGGGAACAAUUAACAAAAGCAUGACAAAAUACAAUUGGUCUCCAACACUCAAUGUGAGAUUGGUGGGCACAUGAUUUCACCUUAUUUUUACUGUAGGUUUUAAGAAAAUUUGGGAGAGGGAAGAGGUAAUACUAAUUAGCAGACAAAACAUGUAUCUGUCCAUAACGCCCACAUAGACGCCUAAGUCGAAAAUUUUUAAGGAAAUCAAUUUUAAAUUGUACAAACAGAGAGAAGUUUUACACAGAAAACAAUUUUAUAAAUUAUCAAAAAUCCCUUUUAGCUUACUAA